UCAACAGGAUCUUGUGUCUGUCAGGACAGUGAAAGGAAGAGGAAGGUUUAUUUCCUGGUUAAUGACACAGGUAUAUUUCUCUGUGUGUCAAUGAUUAGGACUUAUUACCUGACGAAAAUCUUUUAGGAGGGUGACAUGGAUCAAUCGAAAAGAAGCAGUGAAGUCCAACUCCCACCGCCCUACUCUCAGGACGAUGGUCAACAGAACACCUAUUGGCAACAGAACACCUAUGGCCAACAGAACACCUAUGGCCAACAGAACACCUAUGGUCCACAGAACACCUAUGGCCAACAGAACACCUAUGGCCAACAGAACACCUAUGGUCCACAGAACACCUAUGGCCAACAGAACACCUAUGGCCAACAGAACUACAGUUCUCCCCACUACGGUCUGAACGUUGGCCCUGGCAACAUAGCGGUGGUCUCACCAGCAGGUCAGUAUAACGACAUGGGUCAGGGUCAUCCCGAGGACCAACAACAACAAUGGGCUGCUCCACUACCACCUGACUCUUCCACCGGGCUGGAGGACACCGGCUGCUUUGAUGACAAAGCCAUAAGAAGAGGCUUUAUAAAGAAGGUGUACCUGACUCUGAUGAUUCAGCUUCUAGUCACCUUUGGGAUCAUCUGUGCCUUUCUGUAUUGGGAGGCUCUGAGGCUCUGGUCUAUGAAGACCUACUGGUUUUCAUCCUGCAUGAUAGCAGUGGUGAUUGUCCUCAUCAUUUCCUUGUCCUGUUGUGUCAAUACCACUGCAGAAGGUCUACUGCUGGGCUCUGUGACUGUGUGA